AUGUUUCCUAGUUUUUACGAACCAGACCUCGCAGAUGCGAGCGUCGAAUGUAAGCGAGAGCUACAUAGUGACUACAAUAGGUCAAAGGCAACUCAUUCUAACUCCCAUGCCAAAAGAAGACAGAAUCAUCCAUCAGAUGACAAUCUUCAACGCCAAUAGGACUUCGACUCCAGUGUCGUUUAAACAAUCUCCACGUCUACUGUAUGGAGAAACUUAGGACGGGCCAUCCACGUUCCCCAUCCCAUUAGCAAAGACUUCAUUAACAAACUGUCAUUUUAGUUUAAACUUUUUUCCUACUUUUCUGUUUCUUCUGACACUCUCUACAUUAGGAUAAGAGGAACAGCUAGGAAAUGACACCUGAUCGGUAACCCAGUCACCGAAUACCGAAACGUGUCAAUGUAAAGGAGGUGAAUUAGCAGCUGCAGUGCCAUCAUGGAACGGAGGGCGGAUUCCCAUAAGCCAAAUUUUGUGCAUAAUACCACAGGUUUCAUGUAAUCAUGGGCUGCCAUGGAAGAAAUUUGCAUUCCAAAACUUCCUUGUGAUUGUCCUCUGCAGCAAAAAUACCAUAGCCUACAGUGACGGACGAAUAAUCUGAGCAGCUGGAGAUAAUACGCAUGUAGUGCAAACAAAAAUUUCCUGGAUAUAACUGACUAAAAAUUUAGGGUUCAUACGAUGACCUCCUCACAUGCGAUAUGUUCCGCAAAUCGAUCUGCUGGCGGAGCGAAUAGGAUACAAAGUGUAAUGACUAAUCGGGAAAGGAAUCUCCACACCGAAUUUUGGGAUGUGUGGGCGUUUAUUUGGUUCGUUAUAAAAAGUUAAACAAUGUGCACUCCUCGCAAGUACAGAGAAAACAACUACCGUUUAUGUGAAGUCCAAAGCCCAAUAUCUAACUUCCGGUAAAAUGACAUCUCCGCGGUUUUAAGACUCCUUCACAUACAAGUCCUAUGACAGAUAGCGUGUAUUACGCACGCUAGCGAAGCAAUUACUAAAAUUGCGUAGGUCUGAACUCCAGGUCUGUAAUUCAGAUUCAUCGUCAGAAAAAAAUAAACAGAGAAAGGUAAGCGGACGUUUAACGAGCGCAAUGCGAAAACCUUGCUGGGAGAGCACGCCGAUGAACACCAUCUGUUUACAGUAUUGGUAUUCAUGAAAAAAUAGCCGAAAAUCACUGCGACGAUGAAAUGGCGGCAAUUAAUUAUUCAGAUGCGGGUGGUCUUUGUGUUAUCGCAUCAAAUGCGGCCGUCUGCAGUAAAUGUGACAGACACAAAUUCCGUAAAAUGUGUGUAUGACAGCUGCAUCCUCUAAAUAUUGAACGAAUAUGCAUCCGGUGCCUUUGCAUAUUUGGGGUAAAUCAGAAACAUCGAACGAAAAAACGUCAUCUUUAACAGUCUAGUCCCCUCCUUCCUACAUGCCUGCUGGAAUUCAAUUAUUCAUAUGCACUCGCAACUGCCUACACGUAUUAUCUGACUGUGUUUGUCCUAGUUUUCAGACUACCCGUUCUUCGACUUCUCCGGAUCAGCAAUACGGUCAAUGUAGAUGACAAGCAUUGGCCCUAUUACUGAUUUAGUUUGCACGAGUCCAAACAAGCUAACCUAAAGGGUUCAAUUAGUGUUUCGGCCUGUCCGAACUGUAAGAUGAAGUUUGUAUACCUCAGCCGAAAAAUGGUUCGUUGGCAACAGUGAACUAAAACGCUUGUUUGCAAUCGUCUUCUCAGCCUACAGCUCAGAAUUCACAACUUUUCAGAAGGACGGACUGGGCCGGUUACCGGUAAACGCAGAUUUAUAUGACGAGCGAGUUAUUCCAGUGGAAGCGUGACGCUUUUGAAGACUUCCAAGAGCCCCACGAACAUAAUUUAUUUGAGCAAUUAUAUAGGUUCUACGGUGAUGAAUGGACAAAGGAAGGAGAUGUAUAAUCAAAGGUCACUAUUUAUCGAAGGAUUCUGCACGAAAGACCUCAAACAGUCCUGCGAAGCCAGGAACGCCGACAGUUAUCGGUUGUUCGCAGUCGUGAUCAAUUAAACAGUUCAACGCAACAUAGCUAUUUGUUCGAUGUAUCUCCACAGCUCGGAACUCGGCUUCGAUUGACUUUGUCCUUGAAUUUCAUUCACAUUCACGCUGCCUGUUAAUUCUACGAGGCAAGUCUACAUCUUCUUAAUUGCUUUCAACAUCUAAAUCUUUCUUCCACAUCGAUCAUAACAAUCAGUUAUGUGAGUAAUAAUCUUCUGUCAUCUAAAGUAGAAAUGACUAAAAGGAUGCUUUUUUAGAAUUUGUGUUAUUUGGUCUACGCCCCAAAGUCAGCUCUCGGCCAGCUUCUCAAAAUGACAUACGCUUCCAUCGGACCUUAAGGCCCUCCUAUUCUUGUUGUUAUCUGCUAAUCCAAGAUUGUGGGCGAAAUGCACGAAUUGGGUCGUCUGAGUGUUCAGACGUUCACCCCAUCGAACUUGUUUAUCAUGGAACCUCAUGGGACAGUGGCGAAAGAUCAGUGACUGUCGUUGAUAGGAACUUCUGUAUGUUAUCACCACCUUUUUGAGAACAAUCUCAGUGAACUGGUGCUCCACGAACUCUAAUUCGGCCAGCAAACCAAUUACCUUACCUCAAAUUAGAGUGUCCUUACUGUAUACCCGAUUAUAGAUCAGCGACUAGUAUCAAAACUGGUAACGUUUUCAAGUUAAAUCAGGUGACUACACACAAAAACCUUAAUGUUUUCUUUCUACUUGCGUUCAGGAUACACCCUGUCCAGUUAUAGUAAAUUUGCAGAAGUCAAAUUCAUUAACUACAAAAAUAUCAUCUUGCUGUGCAGUUCGAUUCAAAGCAGCAAUUAACAGUCCCAACUGAUGUUUACAGCCAGCGAUGAGGCGAGCGAAAUUCCCUAAUUCACCAAGCCUCACCACAAGACUGGGUCGUUGCACGUACUCCAAACUCAUCUGUUCAUAGAACUUGGGUUAAGGCGUAUAAUGCUGAUUCCUUCAUAUACUCAAUUAGGGAAACCAGCCAAAUAAUCUUCCCCAACGUGGCGACCUCAAUGAAGCCGACCUUACGGUUGACGGUGUGGCCGGUUCUUGUUGGUCUUUCGGGGCAGUGAGUGUUACUGAUUUACCCUAAGUUUUCAUAUGUAAUCCGGAGUCCGCAUCCGGAAUAACCUUCCUAUUUCUCCGACACAGUUACUCUCCCCACAGCCGCGUUAGGUCCGGAAAUUGUGUAUGGACUAUCUUUGUGUUGAGUGCGAGUCCUUUGUCCUCAUCAUUUGGAAUAUGAUCGCUGCCUUUUUUACGAGUACAACUGUUAAGUGUUAUGCAAAGGCGGCUGAAAAUCUUUAGGCUCUGGCUCGUAUGUUCUGGUCUCUCGUCUUGUCUUCGCAUACGCCAGUCAACGAAUUUGGGUUUGUAACCAUUUGCUCCGAUUAUCCACCGUGGGUAAUGUAAUUUAGCAAUCUCGUCUCCCAAUUCACUGCAUUGCGCAUCAACGCAGGUCACCCUUACGCAAUUACGUUUUUAACCGUUAGGUUAUUUCUCGCUAAAAAUCGGUAGUUUUGUCGUGCGUGUCGCUUACUUGGGCAUUAUUGUUUCUAGGUCAUCACGACUCCUGCCACAUCGAGAAAGACCCCCUGAGUUCCUUCUGUUUCUCCUCUCUCUUCCUCCACCUACAUCGUGACUCUCAUGACCGGUAAGACAGCCUUCAGAUGUUUUUUUUUAGAUCUCAACGCGUGAUCCGGCUCCAUGGUGACGAUAGCAUCACCCCCAUAUCGAAAUCAGAAUUUCGCUCUUCGUUGCCAGUGGAUCCAACUGUUGUCAGACUACUUCGCCUAUAUAUGAGCAGUUCCACAUCAGUGAAAAUACUGACUUGCCUUUCAUACGCUCAUAGCUUGUUAAGUGUAUUGCGAACUACCAUUAUGAGACAGAAUCUUGAUGGCUAAAUAUGUUAGGCACAUUGAACGUGGCUUUACUUUUCAUCCUACUUGUUUACUUGAGCGCAUUCUCAUGUUCCCGUUGUUUAAUCCCUGAAAAGGGAACUAACAUGCGGUACGAAAUUUAAAACGGUCGUUGUUCAGUUUUCUAAGGGACUUUAGGAUCCUCCGAAAUGCGAAUAGCAAAAUGAUUGUUUUCGCCUCUCAAACUUCUGUCUUUUUGUCAAUGCAAUUCAAAGACUUAUGAUAUCAAUACGACCAGGCUUAUUCAUAACUACCUGGUAAGUGCUACUUGCUUUCCCCGCGGUUCACAGUAAGCAAGACGUAGGUUUUCCUGCCAUUACAUUCUUGGUCCGCUCUAUCAAAAUUUCGGAUCGUUUUCAGGAUUACCGUUACGACACUUUUACUACUGGACGCAAUAGUAGUACUUUGAUGGAACCUCAAAGGUCUCAAUUCUUGCUCCUAUUCAAUCUUAUAAAGUUUGCUAAAGUCUUUUUCGUGGAAAACUAAUGCCGCACCUGAACAGGCUUUCCUGCGUAUUUUCGGAUAGUACGAAUUCAAGCCGGCUGUGUUUUCGGCAGGUGCAACAUCUGUAAAUUUAAACCAUUUGUUUUGGCAGCAUGUGAAUCUUUUUUCGAAAGAUGAAUGGCUCAUGUAGACAUUUGCUCAGCUCGGAUAGUGCGGAGACUGAUUGGUGUCACUUUCAGUGUGCUCCAUCAUUCUUGUAAUCCUAACUGUGACAUCUGCUAUUUAAAAAUUUAUUCAAAUGCUAUUUAGGCAGGAAUAAAAUGGAUUGCCGCCUACGGUCGGAAGUCAUUGCUUCGAAACUCGGUCAUUUGCAAUAACACUCGAAAUCACCAUCUAAUAUUUAUGCGCGAAUAGCCCUACAACCUCAUUUGGUAGAGUGGACCUGGGACAAAACCUUCUGUAGGGGGCCAUGCUAGCGAAUGCGUGAAGAAGAGUCGACUGUUCGAAAGUCGUUUCGGUUUCUGCCGCUUUCUCCUAAUGUUCGGUAAAAAAAAGCCGUCUUUAUUUUAAACUUCGAUUUGAACGCAGUCCUUUCGAUCUGAAAUAUUAACAAAUGACGUCAUGUAACCCUUCUACUUUAUAUAAGUAUCUCGCGUCUGUUUCAGCAUAAGUGCCUAAAACGGGAAAUAUUUGCAAUUAAAAAUCCCCUACCGCAUGCUUUUAUAGAUUUGUUCCAAUAUUUAUGUACUCUUUUAUAUGGUACGUAAAUAUUGUUGUAUACAGACACUUGUCUAAGGGCAAGCAUCCUCGCCAAGUGUUCGCUUUGGACCAGGGGGAGUGGUGGCACGCCUAGGUCCGGGUCCGGCCGCGCCAGCCACCUGCGCCCUCCCCUGUUUCCGGUCUUCCUGACUAUGUAUUGAUACCGAGCCCAGGUGCCGAAGGAGGAGAUGGUGGGGUAUAUACAGUCUGAGUCCACUGUCACUAUAAAGGAAAUCAUGUACAAGUCACCGUGCCUGUUUUCACCCGGUUGUGAAGCACACGGUAGACAUCGUCCGUCAAGACAGUUAAGCUGUCAUAGGCAAAGAUUAUUGCGACUAGUGAUCAAAAAAGAAAUUAACGAAAUGUGUAAGAAGUACUGAACAUAUUUAGAAGUACAGCAUCUUUUAGAAAAUAAUUAUUGUGGGGAAAUUUAAAACAGACUCUUAAUGCUUUUGAACAAUAACUUGAAGUGGAUUAUUCUAAAACAGACUGGGAAUCGGUGGUGUUUUCGUGGACACUAAUGAGCCUUGAACAAUAUAGAACACUUAUAUGAUAACCCCUAGUAUAUGGAUUGUUGUAUUUGACAAUAAAACUUAGCUUAACGUCAUCAUCUCACAUCACACGGACUAGUCUGAGUUUCUCUUCUUGACUUAUUGCUACGCAACUAUCGGCUAGAGGAAUUUAAUCGGGUCGGCAGUGUUAUUGUCAGACAUUUAGUCCGUUGUUGUGCUAGCAUAACAAUCGAAUUGUUUAAAAUGAAGUAAAGCCAUAUAUAAAUAAUUGCACUUCCGUUUUUCUUAAUGCAUUCCAAACAAUGUCCGAGCCUUACAUGGAAUGGUGGAAUACGUUUGAUUAUCCUUUUUAUAGGUUUCUUAGAGCCUUAUUAAUAUUUGUAGUCCACAGAUGUCUAGGUAGCAGUUCAAGAUUGUCACUUUUAUUUGCUGUAGCAGAUCUUUUAUCCACUGUAGGCCUUAGCUGCGAUUAUCCAAACACACUUAUCAAACGCAUCCUUCAUCCUUCUAGGGGGCUCUGGCGGUCUUCUAUGUGGCUGAGAAACGUUUAACAAGAGAAAUAGUUAUUUAUGACACAAUUCACCGCUUUAGUACUUAGCAGUUUACUACUGUUCAACUUCGGCAAUUCUAAUAUAUUAUGCCUGCUAUUAUUUGCUGUAAAGCUAACUAGGCUGUCCCAACAAGAAAUACCUUGUGAUUUGUAUUGUUUAUUUGACAUUUUGAAUGCCGAAGCUAUCUGUUGGGUGUCCUGGUCUGUUAUUGAGGAAAUCGGUUUGCAAUAUACAGUUUAUUCAUUAUGUCAGUUCAGAAUAAUUAACAUAACGAUUAAGUUGCCUAUCGAUUAUUCGAGUUUACUGAUUCUGCUCGGCCCGGGGCAAUGAAGCCCAGCUGAUUAUUGUCAGCUUAAAGGUGACACUUAUCUGUAUUUGUUCACAGACCGAAAUAUAAAACGGCAAAAGUGGAUAUGAAUGAAAUGAGUAACAUCAACGGGGAGGGCCUUAUCGUUGUUUUAUUGACCAGAGUUGUGAUUUUGGCCGUCAAUCUUCAGAGCAUAAAGAGGUGUAUACAUAGUUAUUAAUAUAUACCUCAUGGGCAACAUAUUUAUCCACCUUGAUGCGUAAAUCAGUAGUGCCGACUGUCUGUGCAAAUCAGAUCUCGGUUUUACCGUGGUCUGUGCCUCUUUGAUCUCCUUAUGGUGACAAUAUUCGGCGAAUCUGGUGGUUUCACGUCCUUACUAUCUUCAUUUAAAUACGUCCCACUAACCAGAUGGGAGCCAGGAAAAUAUAUGUGCUAUUUAACUGAGUGAUUGACAAAUAACAAGGCUUCUUGCAUCAGCCUUAUAAUACGGGGUAUGGCUCGCCUGCAUAGCAUUAGCUGCCGCAUAAGGAUCUAGUUCUAACCUGAAAACAAUCAAAGGAUUCCAUGCAAUUUUAUUUGUGGUCGUUUCAGUUUCCUCUUAAGCAAUUGCCCUCUCCAUAUCAUCAGUAAACUUUUAGACAAUAAAUGACAUCCUCAGAUAGCGAUUAGCUCUCCUAGCCAAAUCACUAGCCAUUAGAUUGUUGAGUUAGGCCUGUGACCGACUCCCAUUACAAGUGAAGUGCUGUGCCUAGCCAGAGUCUAGGACAACGUUUUCACAUUAUAUUCCCCUUAUGAUCUCGUUUGACUGUAUCCAUCAUUUCGUCUCUCUUGUGGCAUGCGACUCCCAUAGACAAAUGCUCCUCUGUACCAUUUGUCUCUAAAGUAUUUUCGGUUCCGUUGGAGAUCUUUCUUCUUGACAGCUGCUAUAUUACAAUGAAUUUUUGCCCUCUACCAUAGCAUGCGGGUGGCCGUCGUAGUAACUAGGUAUCCGUGACAAGUUGAUCGGUUGCCCCAUUGGCUGUUGUUGCUAGCCGGUCGUGUGGUUGGUGCCAGACCGGAGUAUAUAAGAAUGGAAGUUUGCCCACCGCCACCUCUGUCGUGGACUGUAAACUGUAAGUGAUUGGGUGCAGUCGCUCUCCGGAGUAAUUCGUAUUCCUCCGGUCGGUAAUGAUAAAUGCGACUUUAAGGUCGCCUAACGAGCGAUUUGGAUAAAAGUACAUAACUUAUGUGCCCAGUCGUCCAAGGAUAAGCCUAAUCUUGAUCUUUAUUACAAAUUUUCAAUAAAAUGAUUAAGAUGCGCAAGAGUUCUUGCCAAACACGGUUUUAAUUUGUUUCCCAUGAUCGUUUUCUAAACUAAAACAGAAGCGUUGUCGAUAAAAAUAUUUGAGGUAUUUUUUCGAUUAUUUAAGUAUCCGGAAGUUUAUCUAAAGCAAUUUUGCACUUGACCAAAGAUAAUGGUUAACUUGAGAAGAUGAAAAAUGUCACGUACAUCGUGAAUACAUAUCGAAGUCCCGUUUGUUAAAACGAGAACGAAAUAGCUAACGUUCCCUACAUGGCUACUGAAGACACACUUUAGCUUAGAGUUAACGAAAUGCUCGUGCAUAAGAGGGGACGCAUUAUUUAAAACAUCUCUCAUGUAUUUGUUUAUUGCACUAGUGCGUGCGGCUGGAGGAACUUAUAUCAUCUUACAAUAUGUUUGCGCUUUCAUUAUAGUUAAGCGACUUUUUGUCUCAUUUAAUAAGACAGAUUUACUACCGCCUGGUGUUUUAUCGAAGGCUUUUACUCUUAGCACUAAGGACAAAUAAUUCUGCGGAAGCACCGGAGUAAUAUAAUAAUUCCCAAAUACUUACAGUAAGAUGAAUUGCCCCCUUGACAGCAUUUGUAUUAGACUGCCUAUUUUAAAAAAGGCAUUAUCAGAUGCAAUCCAACACCCUUACGAGAAAUUCACUUUGAAUAACUACUUAUAGAGUUGGGAGGCUUCAACGAGGCCCCGUGAUGCCUGAAGUUUUCUAUCAAAUUCGUUUUCGGGACAAAUUGCCAUUUAAAUGGGUAUGAUAUGGCACAAAGAAACGAUUAAAUUUGAGUGCACCAUAGUCUUUGCUGUGAUCGGACAUGUUUCAUGAGGUUUCUUGGGAAUUUCGAAUACGGACGGGUCCCCAACAGCCGCUCGGAUUGUUUGUUCGAGGUUGUCUACUCUAGCGCAUUGGCUUAAAGCCUAAUCACAAGGCAGCGGUGGCAAGUAAACUUACUUAAUGGCGGUUUACGGUCGCCAUGUUACAAUGCCGUCAUUGGGCUUUGCGGCUUUCUAUAAGGCUUUCAGCGUGCCAGACCUCAGCACACCGCACCCUGGUAACAAUGUCGUUGCUGGUCUUCGACUGCUUAUUCGUCAGACCUGGAUCUGCCUAUUUCGCAGCUAACCUUCACUGAAGGUCGUGCCACUAUCCGCCACCUGUGGAUGCGCCUGAUAGCCAGCAGCUAGGCUCACGGGCAACUCGUCUUCCCGGGCAACCCGUUUUCCCGGCAAGCUAGCACUGCUGAGGCCCUAAGCAGAGAAAUCCGGACCUGUUUUACGACCCGAGCCGACGGAGAAGUCAGUAACCAGUGGUCGUCACUGAAGACUUCAGUCUAUGGGGCAGCUGAGAAAAUCCUUGGAUACACCCAGCGACGCCGCAGUGACUGGAUCAGCGGAAGAACCCUGCAGUUGUCUGCUCAGACGGCUAGAGCCAGGUCCCGCAACGAUGACUACCUCCGCCAACUUCGGAAGAUGACGGCAAAAUCAGCCAGGGAUGACCGGAAGCAAUAUUGGUCUGAAAUAGCGACCUCCAUGGAACAGGCCUCGAACUUUGGUGACACUUGAAAGCUCUACCGUCUAAUCCGCCACGUUAGCUGUAAGCCCUGUACACUGAGUGACUCUGUUCGCGAUGCGAACGGCGUCUUUGUUGCUGACAACACGGCCAAAGUCGAUCGCUGGCGUGAGCACUUUGAGCACCAUCUCAACUUCGAUAACCAGCCUACCUCACCCUUGCUCUCGUCCUCAGCGGAGUUUCUUCCCUCUCCUACCUAUGCAGUGCCAUGCGAUCCCCCCUCCGAGAGAGAAGUCGCCGAUGCCAUACGAAAGUUGCGCAACAAUAAGGCACCCGAAGAGGACGGUAUACCCGCUAAAAUCUUCAAGUCUUGUGUCGACACUCUGGCGCCCAGGCUCCAUGAGGUGACUGAACGAGCAUGGAGAGACGAGGUUGUUCCUGAUGACUGGGGCUUAUGCAUCCUUGUAUCUAUCCUCAAGAAUGGAGAUAAGACGAGAUGCGAGAACUACCGCGGCAUAAGUCUCCUCGACGUUGCUGCGAAAAUCUUCGCUAUUGUCCUACUCAGGCGAUUCCAUGCUGCGCAUGACUCAAGGACGAGGCCCAAUCAAGCCGGAUUUUGUGCUGGACGUGGAUGCGCAGAUCAGAUAUUCAUACUGAGGCGCAUUCUCGAAUCUCGCCAUAGCUACCAACAAUCGACGGCCGUCUGCUUCGUUGACUUUGCCGCCGCGUUCGAUUCCGUUCACCGUGAGUCCCUGUGGCGGAUAAUGGCGCUAGGUGGUGUACCGGCAAAAAUAAUCGUCAUGAUCAAGGCCUAUUAUCGCUCCACUACUGCGAGAGUCCUGGUCCGCAACAAUCUUUCCCAACCGUUCGGUAUUCGGUCUGGCGUCCGACAGGGUUGCAUCCUGUCACCCAUUGUGUUCAACUAUGCUAUUGACUGGAUCCUCGGGAGGACCCUACGCGAGAGUGACGGCGUUGAGUUUGCACCCGGACAUCGACCUACUGAUCUUGACUAUGCCGAUGAUUUCGCCUUACUUGCUUCAAGUUUUGGUGAUCUGCAGUCUAUGGUGUCACGGGUGAACGAGGUCGCUAAAUCAGUCGGUUUGUCCAUAAACGCUGGGAAGACCAAAGUGUUCUCAAGCUGCAUUCCUGACCAGGAGAAGGCACACCUCGGGAUUGAUGGCAGUCAACUUGAAGAAGUAGACAGUUUUAAAUAA